AUGGCCCGCUCGCCGUCCGCUCGAGUCCGCCUCCGCGAUCUUGUUCCGGGCCUCAAAGUGGGAGCUUGGCCCACCGGCCCCAAGAACGGCAUCACAGACGUCGCAGGAGUGCUAGUCCACACGGAAUCUAUCCACAGCCCCGACGGUUCUGUCAACACUGGCGUGACUACCAUUCUUCCUCGUAAAGAUUGGUUCAACAAUGCCUGUUACGCCGGUGUGUUCCGCUACAACGGUAGCGGAGAGAUGACAGGCAGCCAUUGGAUCGAAGAGACGGGCCUCCUCCACAGUCCCAUCAUCCUGACAAACAGCUUCGCUGUCGGCAACUGCUAUACUGGCAUCUACCAAUACGCCAUCGAAAACCACGGUGCAGCCGAUGGAAGCGUAGACUGGUUCCUACUGCCUGUUGUAGGAGAGACGUUCGAUGGCUUCCUCAACGACUUGACCAAGUUUGCAGUGACGCCGCAACACGUCGUCAAUGGCAUCAAGGCAGCCUCUUCCGACCCGGUUCCUGAGGGCAACACCGGCGGCGGAACGGGAAUGUUGUGUCAGGGAUUCAAGGGCGGCACUGGAACUUCGAGCAGAGUCGUGCCGGGCUACGAUAGCAAAGGAAACGACAAGAGCUACACUGUGGCGGCCCUGGUUCAGGCAAACUACGGCCGAAUGCAGCAUCUUCACAUCACGGGAAUUCCUGUGGGGAGGAUCCUCGCUGCGGAGGCUGAAAAGAAGAAAGAGGCAGCCAAGGCGAAAGCUGAGUACGAUGCCGCCAAGGAUCAACGCGACGGCAGUAUCAUCAUCGUCCUCGCAACGGAUGCUCCGUUGAGUCCGAUCCAGCUGCAGCGUCUCGCCAAACGUGCCACCGGUGGUCUUUCUCGGGUUGGAGGCUACGGCCACAAUCCCAGCGGCGACAUCUUCAUGGCAUUCAGCACGGCCAACGAGAUUCCUGUACAGACAGUGGGCGCGAACCACAGGUCUGUUGACCCAUUCAAGGCCAACGCUCUCGUCACUGAGACGAUUGACGAUUCGACAAUCAAUGCCUUGUUUGAGGGCGCUGCUGAUGCUACAGAGGAAGCCAUCUAUAAUACCUUGUGUAUGGCUGAGAGCCUGACAGGUCACAAGGGCUUCCACGUAGAGUCCCUGCCUCUGGACAAGGUCAAGAACAUCUUGGAAAAGCACAUCACCUUGGAGGCAACAAUCAAGGAAGAGCUAUAA